CAUUCAAUCCUGCAGCAGAAUCAUUAAUUUCCACCAACAGCUCUCUGCUAAACCCAUUAUUCAUCACCCCCAAAAGCCCCUUUCCUUCAUUCCUUUUCAUUUAUGAACCUCUAACUUUAAUGCCUCACCAGUGUCAAUUUGCUGCCCCCAACUAGAUUCUAAAAAGAAAGUAAAAAAAGAAAAAAAGAAAAUUUGCUUUUGUGUUCUCUUUUUCACUUCAAAGCAGCUUUUGAUUGUGAGGAGGGAUGUUCUGAGAAUUUUGGAGCAUCUCAAAUGCUAUUCAGCUUUGGGUUUUGUUUUGUGUGUUGGGUUCAUUAGACAUGCAUGGUUGUCUGACAAGACUGCAGCCUUUCACUUGUGUGCCACUUCCACUGGUUCUUGGCUCAAACCCACUGCUCAAGAUUUGAUUUUUGACCAGAAAUAAAGUUAUUUUAUGUUAUGUGGUUUUGGUUUUAGCAGAUGUCUUUGGAAUCUGUGUUGGGUUUUUGAUAAGGUUUGAAAAGAGUCUGAGAAAGGAGACUUUGGGGGGUUGUUGACUUCUUGGUGAUUUUUCAAUUCUGAGGGGAAAUUUCCCUUUUAAAGAACAGUAGCCGUACAGAUUGGCGCCUAAUACUCUGAUGGGGGUUGGAAUUCUGGGGUUUUUUCUGGUGGUUGCUGUGUGUUUUAGACCAUUGGUUUGCCAGCAACCCAACACUGAUGGGUUCUUUGUCUCCAAUUUUCUGCAAAAUAUGGGUUUGAAGUCUUCCAAAGUUCACAACUUUUCUGCUCACUUUUGUUCUUGGCAAGGUGUGUUCUGUGACUCCAAAGAGGAAAGGGUUGUCAGGUUGGUGGCUACUGGGUUGGGUUUAUCUGGUGUGGUUUCUGAGAACACCAUUGGCAAGCUCACAAUGCUUGAGAUAUUGGAUCUAAGUAACAAUAAUCUCACUGGUUUGCCUUCUGAUAUUUGGAGUUUGGGUUCUUUGAAGUUCCUUAAUUUGUCAUUCAACCAGCUCUCUGGGGUUCUCUCUAGUAACAUUGGGAAUUUUGCUAAACUUGAAAGCUUGGACCUUUCUCACAACAAUUUCUCUGGGAGCUUGCCAGAAGCAAUGAGUUCUCUUUUAAGUUUGCAGUUUCUUAAUCUGAGCCGAAACGGUUUUGAUUCAAAGGUUCCUUCAGGGAUUAUGAACUGCCACUCCCUGGUUUCCCUUGACCUUUCAGGGAACAAGCUUGGGGAUUCUCUCCAUGAUGGCUUUGGUGCUGCUUUUCCUAAGCUUCAGUUCUUGAAUCUCGCAGAGAAUGAGAUUCAUGGGAAGGAUUCGGUUUUAUCGGGGAUGGUUUCACUCACUUAUCUCAAUGUUUCAGGCAAUUUGUUCAAGGGCUCUGUUGUUGGCGUUUUUGGAGGUCCAUUGGAGGUGGUUGAUUUGAGCAGAAACCAGUUUCAAGGCCACGUUUCUCAGGUAAACCUCGGCUCCAAUUUCAGCUGGUCUAAUCUGGUUUAUAUCGAUUUAUCUGAGAAUCAGCUUAGUGGAGAAAUUUUCAUGGAGUUAAAUAGUGCUCAGAACCUUAAACACUUGAAUCUUGCAUACAACCGAUUUUCCCAUCAACGAUUCCCACAUAUUGGUAUGGUUCGUGAUCUGGAAUAUCUGAAUUUGUCUUCGACCAAUUUAAUUGGCGAAAUUCCGAGUGACCUUUCGUUACUUAGUAGCUUGAAAACACUUGACAUUUCCAGAAACCAUCUUAGCAGUCAUAUUCCCAUGUUAAACACGAAAAAGCUGAGAAUCCUUGAUGUUUCGUACAACAAUUUGAGUGGUGAAAUCCCGCUAUCCCUUGUUGAGAUACUUCCAUCGAUGAUUAGGUUUAACUUCUCCUACAACAAUGUGACCUUUUGCUCUUCACAAAUCCCCCCUGCUACCCUUCAAUCGGCUUUCAUUGGGUCAUCUGAUGGGUGUCCCAUUGCUGCUAAUCCUUCUCUUUUCAAAGGAAAAGCCUCGAAGCACCGGGGGCUUAAACUUGUUUUGGCUUUAACCUUUUCCCUAACCUUUUCCAUAGUUGUUAUUCUUCUCGGCUUGCUGUUUCUAGCCUUUGGUUGUCGUCGAAAACCCACAAAAUGGGCUGUUAAGCAGAGUUCUUAUAAGGAAGAGCAAAGCGUGUCCGGCCCAUUCUCGUUUCGGACUGAUUCCACCACUUGGGUUGCUGAUGUGAAGCAAGCUAACUCGGUUCCCGUGGUGAUCUUCGAGAAGCCAUUGCUGAAUUUGACGUUUUCAGACCUCUUGUCUGUAACGUCUAAUUUCGACCAAGGCACGUUGUUGGCUGAAGGGAGAUUCGGGCCUGUUUAUCGAGGAUAUUUACCCGGUGGCAUUCACGUGGCUGUCAAAGUCUUGGUUCAUGGAUCAACUAUGACUAACCAAGAAGCUGCAAGGGAGCUUGAAUACCUCGGGCGGAUUAAACAUCCUAACCUUGUCCCACUCACGGGAUACUGCCUGGCGGGAGAGCAAAGAAUCGCUAUUUAUGACUACAUGGAAAAUGGAAAUUUGCAUAAUCUGCUUCACGACCUUCCACUCGGGGUCCAAACAACCGAGGAUUGGAGCACAGACACGUGGGAGCUGCAGGACGACAGUAAUGGUAUUCAGAAUGUCGGGUCCGAGGGAUUGCUAACCACUUGGUUAUUCAGACAUAAAAUUGCACUUGGCACAGCAAGAGCCCUCGCGUUUCUCCAUCAUGGCUGCUCACCUCCAAUCAUACACCGAGAUGUCAAGGCUAGCAGCGUGUAUCUUGACUGUAGCCUCGAGCCUAGGCUUUCUGAUUUUGGACUAGCUAAAAUCUUCGGGAAUGGUCUUGAAGAUGAGAUUGCUCGGGGUUCACCUGGAUACAUACCACCCGAGUUUCUCCAACCUGAGACAAGCUCCCCUAAAACCCCAACUCCAAAAUCCGAUGUCUAUGGAUUUGGUGUCAUCCUUUUCGAGCUACUUACUGGUAAAAAACCCGUUGGAGAUGAUUACCCAGAAGAGAAAGACGGGAAUUUGGUUAUUUGGGUGAGAGGACUAGUGAGGAAAAACCAGGGAUUAAGAGCUAUUGAUCCAAAAAUCCACGGAACAGCACCAGAAACACAGAUGAAAGAAGCCUUAAAGAUUGGUUAUUUAUGCACAGCAGAUUCUCCUUCAAAGCGGCCAAGUAUGCAGCAAGUAGUUGGACUUCUCAAGGAUAUCGAGAGCAUUACAAAGCAAUAAGGACAUUUUGAGAUCUAUGUAAUCUCGACUUUAUAUUCCUCCUCAUCUGUCUGUUUUCCUUUUUGAGUUCCCAUAGCGGGGACUGUACAGUACUCCAAGCUUUUUGUUUGCCAUGUUUCUCAUAUAUAUCUAAUUUAUAUGCAUAUUCUUGGCACUUGGUGAACA